CUCCAACCUAACAGAAUUUUACCCCAUCUCUCUCUCUCUCUCUCUCUCGCUCGCUCGCUCUCUCUGUGUCUGCCCUAAUCUCGCUCCAUACACCUCUCAAUUUCUCUCUCUAUACUCCAUAGCGCUCUCCCUCUCGCUCUCUCUCCAUCGCAACUUUGCUCUCUUCCAAACGCUUUACUUUGCAUUGAUAAUAUAUAUAUAUACAUAUAUAACAAGAAUAUAGAUACAUAUACCUUGGCGGUUAUUCGAGCGGUUAGGGUUUUCUUGGAUCCUUAUAUGAGUAACUAUCAUAUACAUUAGCAACACAAGAGGUAGGGUCGCUGCUUCUCUUUGUUCCACUCUCUCUUUCUAUCCAUCGCUUUCUGUCUCUAGAAUUUUCUGUGUAUUUGGGUAUAGAUUUUGUUCUGUUGAAACCCUAGGCUUGGGAAUUCGUGUUCUUGGGUUUUAUCUUGUUCCACAUUUUCAUGCUAUGGCCGUGAUUGUUUUAGGCAUCUAGGGUUUUCAUGGUUUGAUUCAUAUGAACCGUUGUUGAAGAAACGAGGGCUUCAAUUUGUUCUCAUUGUACUUGUAGGUCUUUUUCAUAUAGUCCAACUUGAAAUGUGGGUCUUCUGAGCGCUUUAUCUUCAUAUAAUCUGACUUCUUGUUGAAAUUUUCAUUGUUCUAAUAGGACAGAAAACUUAGUAUCAUGUAAGUACUGUUUGGACUGGUUUCAAUUUUUUUACUUUACAGAGGCGGUGACUUGUGGAAUUUGGAGGCAAUCUAGUCAAGCAAAGAGUGGUUUUGUAGGGAAAAAAAAACGGUUAGUGUUGUUGGGCCUUUUCACAAGUAGAAUAGAAUAACAAUUCUGUGGGGAGAGGUUUGAAAUAAAGGCAAGACGUGAUUUCUUUUCAUAUUUGAUCAUGUUCACUUCUCAUGGAAAGAAGUGAACCCACAUUAGUUCCAGAAUGGUUGAGAAAUACUGGAAGUGUCAGUGGGGGUGGCAAUUCAGCCCACCAUUUUGCGUCAUCUUCGCACUCGGAUGUUCUUUCCUCGGCACGUGCCACUAGAAAUAGAUCUUCUAGGAGCAUAAGUGAUAAAGAUAAUCCACAUUCUGCUUUUCUGGAUCGAAUCUCUUCGUCCAAUUCUAGGUGUAGUUCAAACAGUAAUGGUUCUUCAAAGCAUCCUUACAGUAGUUUCAGUCGAAGCAAUCGGGAUAAAAACCGUGAUAAAGAGAAGGACAGGUCUGGUAUAGGGGACAUCUGGGACCACAGCUGUUUUGAUCCAUUAGAGGAUAUCUUAAUUAGUAGGGCAGAGAAGGAUACCUUGAGGCGUUCUCGUUCACUGGUGUGUAGAAAACCUUGUGAGGUGUUACCCCGAAGAGCAGUGGACUUGAGAAAUGGUGGUAGCGUGGACUUGAGAAUUGGUGGUAGCAACAAUUACAAUAGCAGCAAUGGCGUGCUUUCUGGAGGAAGCCUUGUUAGCAGCAUUCAGAAAAUUGCCUUUGAAAAGGAUUUUCCCUCUCUUGGAACUGAAGAGAAGGAAGGAGUUCCUGAUAUAGGAAGAGUUUCAUCUCCUGGUUUGAGCACGGCUGUACAGAGCUUGCCUGUUGGCAAUACUGGAUUGAUUGGUGGUGAGGGGUGGACCUCUGCUCUGGCAGAGGUGCCCACAAUAAUUGGCAGCAAUAGCAUGGGAUCCUCAUCUGUUCAACAAAGUGUUCUUGCAAUUCCACCUGGGGCUUCAAGUCCAAUGACAGGUCUUAACAUGGCUGAAGCAUUGUCGCAGGCUCCACCUCGAGCUCAUACUACCCCCCAACUACCUGAUAAGACGCAGAGGCUUGAGGAAUUGGCUAAAAAGCAAUCCAGACAAUUAAUACCUGUGACACCCUCGAUGCCUAAAGGAUUGGUUCUAAGUUCCGAUAAAUCAAAGCCCAAAACAGCAGCUAGAACCGGUGAGGCGAUUGUAGCUGUGAAGAGUGUGCAGCAGCAGCAGCCCCACUCAUCCCAAGUUGCUAAUCAAUCUCGUUCUGGACAAGUCAGAUCUGAUGCUUCAAGGCCAUCUCAUGCUGGGAAGUUUUUCAUUCUCAAGCCAGUUUGGGAGAAUGGUGUCUCUUCUAUGGCUAAGGAUGUAUCUAGCCUAACAACUAUUGCCAGCAGAGUGGCAAAUAGUCAGCUUGCCACUGCUCCAGUGGGUCCAUCUACUCCUUUGAAGAGCCCAAAUAAUUCGAAGCUUUCCACUGUUGAACACAAGGUAGCUGCUUUGGCUCUGAAUUCUGGAUCUACCGUGGAAAAGAGACCCUCACUGUCUCAGGCCCAGAGCAGGAGUGACUUUUUCAAUCUCAUGAGGAAGAAAACCUCACCCAACACCUCUGCUUUCCUCCCAGAUUCUGGAGUUGCUGUUAUAUCUCCUACUGUGGAGAAAUCUGGUGAAGUUGUCAAGGGAGCUAGUGCUCUUGUAAGUCCUUGUGUUACAGAGGAUGGUAGCAAGGUAGCUAGCAAUGGUGAUACUCAUGAAGGGGAGAAGAAUUUGUGUCUUAAUGGAGCAGUUUAUCCAGAUGAGGAGGAGGCUGCAUUCCUUCGUUCUCUUGGUUGGGAGGAAAAUGCUGGAGAAGAUGAUGGCCUUACGGAGGAGGAGAUCAAUGCAUUUUAUGAGGAGUAUGUGAAGCUGAGGCCAACCAUGAAACUGUGCAUAGGCAUGCAGCCAAAGCUGUCAACACUUUGUGAAUCUCAUGUGAUUGGUUCAGGCAGAGCAUCCUCCGAAUUGACUGCAUCUGAAUGUGAAACUGAAGCUUGAUUUUCUGAUUUCUCAACGUACAGUGUCCGGGAAGUUCCAAUUUUUGUUGGCAGAUGGUUUUGAUUUUUUUGUUUUUUUUUUUUUCCACGUCUCUUUGUUUUGGAGGAAAACUGAUGAGUGGGGCCACGAAAGCACUGGAUGGGUGCAGUGGAUAUCUGGAGUUUGAAUGAUAGUACAAUAAGUUGCAGAAUGCCCCAUCAUGCCUUCCAAAACUCUUGGGAUUUGAGGCCGGUCAAGAGAUGGUAGGAUAAGAGAAGGGAGGAGGGGUAUGUUGAUCCGCCGUGGAUGAUGCUGAUCUUUUGGUAUAUUUUUGGAAUUUUCGUUCUUUUUUUUUCGUUCUAGAGGUAAAAUUUUUAGCCAAAAAGCUUUGUGAUGUUUUUGAUGAAUUUUACAGGAAAAAGAAAAAGAAAGUAUGAAAGUUUUUUAAGUUUUCCGUUUUAUCGCUUAUUUCAUGUCGAUGUAUUUUCCAUUUUGUUUUUCUUUUAUAUUUUUAUAUAGCAGUACAUGUUUGCAAUGACUUAGCAUGAUGAAUCGGACUACAAGAAAUCAGUUAUGAGUAAGGGGGAAAAAA